GAGUCACGCCCCUCCUUGCGCGUGGUCCCUCCCCCCUCAGGCCGCGGUCGCGAUUACGCUCUCUACGGCCUGCGGCCGCAGGGCCGUUGCGGGCUGGAGACACGGCGCCGACUGGAACCGGAGGAGCUCUAGGCCAAAUGGUUGGGCCAGCCAGGAUCCCAGGACCCUUCGCCGCUCGAGACCGGAGAGAGGAAACGAAACAGGCGGGAACCCGUGGGGGAGGGAGGGAACUAGCGGAAGGUGUCAUGGCGGCCGCGCUCUUGAGUCACGUGCCCAGGGCCCGCCUUGCUACUUCCGGUCACGUGCCCUCAGACUCCUCGCAGCCAGCGAUGGAGGCAAGACCCCCUAGUAACAGAGGCGGUGGCUGCUGCUGCGGCCACUGGGUUUCGGCCUCUUCCCAGCAGCGGCUCUGAGAAGCGCAGCGGAACUCGACCGGAUCCAACCCAGUUAGUUACUUCCUGUCUAGAGUUGUAGCUUCCACCUGAGUUCUCCUGGGAAGAAGUGUUUGCCACUCAAGGAAUACACUCAAGAAAAACCUGGAAAUCACAGAAGGCAUUGUAAGAUAGCUACAGUGAUUCUGUUAAACCUCCUGAAAUUGGUCCUUGAACAAUUAAGAGGUGCUACAGAUGACCAGGAAAAUUUACCAAGCAAAUUAGCUGUGAGACAAUUGACCAUUUGUGCCCAAUGUUCGCACCUUCUAGCCACCAUGGCAACCUCAUCUGAAGAAGUUUUGCUGAUUGUAAAGAAAGUGCGUCAAAAGAAGCAGGAUGGAGCUCUGUACCUCAUGGCAGAAAGAAUUGCUUGGGCACCUGAAGGCAAAGAUAGAUUUACAAUCAGCCAUAUGUAUGCAGAUAUUAAAUGCCAGAAAAUUAGUCCAGAAGGAAAAGCUAAAAUUCAGCUUCAGCUGGUCCUACAUGCAGGGGACACAACUAACUUCCAUUUUUCCAAUGAAAGCACAGCAGUGAAAGAGCGAGAUGCAGUAAAAGACCUUCUUCAGCAGCUGCUGCCCAAAUUCAAGAGGAAAGCAAAUAAAGAACUGGAAGAGAAGAACAGAAUGCUGCAAGAAGAUCCUGUUUUGUUUCAGCUUUAUAAAGACCUUGUUGUGAGUCAAGUGAUCAGUGCUGAGGAAUUCUGGGCCAAUCGUUUAAAUGUGAAUGCAACAGAUAGUUCUUCCACAUCCAAUCAUAAGCAGGAUGUUGGCAUUUCUGCUGCAUUUCUGGCUGAUGUCCGGCCCCAAACUGAUGGCUGUAACGGUCUAAGAUAUAAUUUAACUUCUGAUAUCAUUGAGUCCAUAUUUAGGACCUAUCCAGCAGUAAAAAUGAAAUAUGCAGAAAAUGUUCCCCACAACAUGACAGAGAAGGAAUUCUGGACACGUUUUUUCCAGUCCCAUUAUUUUCACAGGGAUCGGCUGAAUACAGGGUCAAAGGAUCUCUUUGCAGAAUGUGCCAAAAUAGAUGAAAAAGGCCUAAAAACAAUGGUUUCAUUAGGAGUGAAAAACCCACUACUAGAUUUAACAGCUUUGGAAGAUAAACCAUUAGAUGAGGGCUAUGGCAUUUCCUCUGUGCCAUCUGCUUCCAGUUCUAAAUCCAUAAAAGAGAAUAGUAAUGCUGCCAUCAUCAAGAGAUUUAACCAUCACAGUGCCAUGGUCCUGGCAGCUGGACUCAGAAAACAAGAAGCACAAAAUGAACAAAAUAGUGAGCCCAGCAACAUGGAUGGAAAUUCCGGAGAUGCAGACUGCUUUCAGCCAGCAGUCAAAAGGGCGAAAUUACAAGAGUCCAUUGAAUAUGAAGACUUGGGGAAAAAUAAUUCUGUAAAAACGAUUGCACUAAACCUCAAGAAGUCAGAUAGGUAUUAUCAUGGUCCAACUCCAAUCCAGUCACUACAGUAUGCAACAAGUCAGGACAUUAUUAAUUCUUUUCAAAGUAUUAGACAAGAAAUGGAAGCUUAUACACCCAAGUUAACUCAGGUUCUCUCAAGUAGUGCUGCCAGUAGUACCAUCACAGCACUGUCACCUGGAGGGGCACUUAUGCAGGGAGGAACACAGCAAGCCAUAAACCAGAUGGUGCCAAAUGAUAUUCAGUCUGAAUUGAAACACUUAUAUGUAGCUGUUGGAGAACUUCUACGACAUUUCUGGUCCUGCUUUCCUGUUAAUACGCCAUUCCUAGAAGAAAAGGUAGUGAAAAUGAAAAGUAAUUUGGAACGAUUCCAAGUUACGAAGCUCUGUCCAUUCCAAGAAAAGAUUCGGAGACAGUAUUUAAGCACAAAUUUGGUAAGUCACAUAGAAGAGAUGCUCCAGACAGCCUACAACAAGCUCCACACAUGGCAGUCACGGCGUCUGAUGAAGAAAACGUGAGGUGGCCAUGAUGCUUACAGGUUUUGUGAGAUUGAGAGAACUAUGACCUGCAGCAACUCUGGAAACCUGGCCUGACAGACAAGCAGAUGACCUCACAGGAGUGAUAAGAAACAUCUGCUCCACGCCAACUCCCAGAGCUGAUGCUAUUGUACUUGCACAUUGGAGACUGAAAGGAAAGAAGGGACUAAAUGCUGGGGAGGUAAAUUAAGACAGAACUAAAUGAGCUAAGUUGCAAAUAUAUAUAUAUAUAUAUACACACACACAUAUAUAUGUACAUGUGUAUGUACAUAUAUAUAUUUUAAAAGACUGUUUACUGCAGUUGCUCAGGAACUGCUUUUGAUUCACAUUAAGCUGCUUUCAGAAAUUUAAAAAAAAAACACUUUUUAAAGGGUGCAUUGAUAAAAUCUGAGGUUUUUUGGUUGUCAUUUUUUUCUGUGUACAUUUUUUUGCUAAGUUUAUGGCACAGGGUAGACCUUAAGUAUUCCUCCUCCAUCCUUCAUUCUUCACCCUCCAUUGGAUCCUCAAGUUUUAAUGAAUUCCAAUUAUACCUUACAUCAGCAAGUUAAAAAGAGUACUUUAAAAUAAAGCAAAGGGAGACUGUUGCUCAACCAUCAGGAAACAGUUGUCAGAAGACAUCAUUGGUUCUGUGUUUCCUACGGAAAUAAGAAACAAUAAAUAUUGCACUGAAUGUUUGUGGUUUGGAGUCCCUGAAUAAUAAAGAGGGAAUAUAUUUGCAGAAAGUCGCAUAGGGUUUUUUAAUGCAGAAUUUUGUCAGAAGACAAUGGCGCUGCAUGUUUUUCUUUGAGUGCAAAUGUACAUUGCUAAGAUUUUUUUAAGAUGGCAUGUGCUUUGAAAAGAAGAUAUUGCAUUUUUAAGAGUUUAAAAAUCUUAUGAGUGAGAAAUAUUAAAAAAAUCUUAUUUUCACCUCUUUAGAAGAAAUAAAAGAUGUUUCUCCUA